AUGGCGGCCCAAAUCGCCGAACUCAGUCAAACGCAAACCUCAUUGCGAGGUCGUAACUUAAUGGGUGACCUCAACUCAGAAGACAACCCAACUGGAACAGUACGAUCUACAGCCUUAGGAUCUACUGGCAACCCAGCCACUCAAUCCACCUUCAAUCGUGACGAAGAAUUCGAAGCAACCAGUGCCGCUCCCGAAAUCGAUCGCGUUAUCCAAGAGGCACAAAAAACGCCGUUUACUCCUAGAAUCGCUAAAACUCCUGUUCGACAUCUUGAGAAGUUAAAACUCAAAACUUACGAAGGAGAUUCCGACCCAAAGCACUUUCUGACAUCUUUUGGCAUCGUCAUGAACCACUAUCAGUUCCGGACGACAGAAAAAAAAGAUGCAGUGAAGUGUCCGUUGUUCGUUGAAAAUAUCCAAGGAGUCGCUCUCGAUUGGUUUAGUCAACUUGAAGCGAACUCCAUAAACAGUUUCACCGAACUCUCGACAGCGUUCGUUAAACAUUUUUCGAUGUUUAUCGGGCAGAAGAUGCAAAAUGCCGAACUAUGGCGAAUGGUUCAGGGAGAAAACGAGAGUCUCCGCGACUUCAUCAAACGUUUCAAGUCAGUUGUCGCCCAUUGCACGGUCAGCGACGAGGCCGCCCUCGAGUGUUUGCACAAGGCAACUCGGAUUAAGUCAUCUUUCCACAAAGCGAUCAAACACAACCCACCGCUUACACUUGAGGACGGACUACAUCGGUCGAACUCAUAUAUUACAGAGGAGGAAGAGAAGACCGCCUACGAUCAGAGCAAAUCUUCACAAAAGCAGGUCGACCCAAAAGAGAGACCUAAAAAUGACAAUAACGAGCCACGUCCGACCUACGACAGAGGAUUCGACAAUCGACGAAAGUUCGCAAGUAACAAUGUCAACUCGGCUCAACCACAGCGACCAUGGAACAACAAAUGGAUUCGCGGUAACGACGAUCAAGACGAGACAUUGUUCUGCGAAUUCCAGAACCGUAAAGGACACAACACCGAAGAAUGCCGACACUUGAAAGAUUACCUCCUAGAACAAUUCAGGAAAGGAUUAAUUUCGAUGGACGAUGUUCGCCGAACUCCUUUCCAACGCAACAAUGAAAAGCAAGAGUGA